AAGAGGAAGUGUGUUGAAGAAAAAAACGAACAGCGAGUGUUGGAAUACGAGACGAGUGGGAGAGACGCAAAGCGACGAAUGAACGCGUGAGAGAGAGAGAAUAGGAAGCUCAGUAGUGUGUAAAUGCGUAAGGUUCGUAUGUCAAUUCAGUUGUGUUUACGUUCUCGAUCGGGAGGGUCGUACGUUUUAUAUAUACGUACUGUUUAGUGGCUAGUAGCAGACGCGACAGAAACGCACAGUGUAUGUAUAAUCUUGAGCGUGAAAAAAGUAAACGAUAAAAGAGAGGGAACGAGAGUGAUCGAAAAAAUCAGACAGACGGAAAAAUUCAUAAACUUUCGGCUCCCGCAGCUUUAUAAUAUACAGUCAAACAUGGGGGGCUCAUGGUCGUAAUGUCAGUUGGACCAUCAUAAUCUUUCUGACUUAUUGUUUUCGGCCCCGGGAGUGUGCAGAUCGAAUCGAAUCUUGUUUUACUGUAUAAUUAUAAAAGAAACAUUUUUAUAGAUCAUCUCCCAAUUUUUCAAAUGACCAUUUGGAAUCUUAUACGAAACAAGGCUGCAUUUGCAUCUUUAUGAGACGCGCCGUCUCCCCCGAGUCUUACGAGACAUUACCCUGUGUAUGUGUGUGCGGUGUCUGUGUCCUCUGUGUGGAUCCUCUCGUUUACUACUUGUGGUCCAAACAAAGCGCUCCCGCGCGCCCUUAUACCGAGAGAAACGUAUUACCCGGUGUACAAUUUUUCAAACAAAAAAAUUUGUGAUGCUUCCUUGCGAGCAGCGUUGCAGGUGCAAGUGCAAAAUUAUCGCACACUGCGCUUCGCCGAUUAUUACACGAAAGGAUUAAAUUCCUGUACAAAUUGUCUUGAUUUUAUUCUACCUUCUUUUUAACAACUCUCAUCUCUCUCGUGAAUCCUGUGCUUAAAUUAAUCAACGGUGAUCUAUAGUGCGACGCGUUACAGAAACGGCGUAGAUACGAAAAAUUAGUAAAUAUCCAUGUACACACGAAAAAUAAAUAAAACGCUUCAACACCGGACAGCUGACGAGAGAGAAACUCUUUAAGGACGAAAAAAAAAGGAAAAAAGUAAAUACGACACUGUUGCGGUUGCGUCUUCGAACGAAUACAACGGUAUUAAAAGCGCGGAAACAUGGACGUCAACGUCGAGAAAGAGUGCAGCGCCCUGGGCGGUCUUUUCCAACAGAUCAUUACAGAUAUGAAGAAUGGAGCUCCUCUCUGGGAGGAUCUUAUCUCAAAAGCCACCAAGCUUCAUUCUUGCCUCAGAGCUGCGAUUCUAGCUGUUUCUGCAUAUUUAGAGGCUUUCCAAAAAAUAGCAGACGCCGCUACUAAUGCAAGAGGCGCUACUAAGGAAAUUGGUACUGCCCUCACUAGAAUAUGUCUCAGACAUAAAGCUGUUGAGACACGCGUCAAAUCUUUCACAUGCGCGAUAAUGGAUUGCCUGGUUAUACCGCUUCAGGAGAAGCUCGAGGAUUGGAAAAAAUCUCUCGUGAAUUUGGACAAGGAGCACGCCAAAGAGUACAAAAGAGCCAAGGCUGAGUUGAAGAAGCGUUCGACAGACACAUUUAGAUUGCAAAAGAAGAAAGCGCGUAAAGGACAAGUUCAGCAGGGUCAUGGUCACGGUCCAGGAGGUCAGUCGCACCAGGGCCAGAUUGGUCGUACAACCGACGAGGAAUUGGCGAGAUUGUUAGAAUCUUCGACGGCUGUCGUGCAGGAGAAACGAUUGAGUCUUGAAGAGACUGAGAGAAAAGCGGUGCGUGCUGCUCUUCUCGAGGAACGAGGCAGAUACUGUUUAUUAGCGAGAUUUCUGAAGCCCGUGCUCGACGAGGAAAUAGCGAUGCUAAUGGAACUGACGCAUCUUCAAGAGGUGUCGGAUCAACUGGAGAGGCACGCAGCCUCACCACUGGAUUUGCCAGCUGCUUCAGAACAGAUAAUAACGGAUUUGAAAGCGCGUGAGAGCGGUCAGUGGGCUUUGGCAACGCCACCGUCGAGCCCCUCAUUAUCGCUAGGUUCUCGUAAGAGUUCGAUGUGCUCGAUAAGUUCUCUCACGAGUAGCAGCAGUGGAUCUUGCAAGAAUCAUUCUAAUUCUUGCACGCAUCCGUGGCACAGAUCACUCUCGCAGCCCCUCGGCCUCAGACCUACCUCGAGUAUAGGAGCCACGGUGAUGAGCCUACGUCACUCCACCAGUGGCAGCAGCUCUCGCGACUCUGGCUUUACCUCUCAGGACACGCUUUAUAAGCAAGCCAUUUUCGAACACCAGGUUUCAAACGCUUCAAGCCAGAGUAAUCAGAGCGCCGGUUGCACGACGAUAUCACGACCUCUCACGACCUCCACGUGGCCUGAUCUUCAAGAGUCUACAGGGGUUCAGUUCGAUCGACAAAGUCCUAAUACAAUCAACGAACGCCCCCACACAAUAUCCUCGGCGUACGAAAAGGGCCAUCAACGACCGGCCUUGAGCGUAUAUACAUUCCAACCACCAGAUCGUGAUGCCAAUUGUUGUCAUAGUCAACCGGCCUCACCGGUAUCUUCACCGGCAUCAUCUAAUCCACAACUCGCUCGUGUUCAAAUGCGGAAAAACAGCGCUGGUGGCACCAGACCACCGAUUCCAAACAGAUGCUCCAGUCUCGAGCGACCUACUUCCGCGACAACCGCUGCCAAGAACGAACCGCCAAGCAGCGGACGAGGAAAACCAAAGUUACCUAUACCGGCUCAUUUGGCCAAAGAGUUAGGAGGUCAUCCACUGGCUCAACCAAUGUACGUAAACAUGCACGAAUUAGCCAGUCUCGCUGCCAAUCGUGCUCAAGAGAUGCAGCAAAUACCGCCCACUCAUCAAAUUCCAGCAGCCGGAGCUAAUCCCCCUGCGGCUUCCGCAUCUUCCGCAGUCACAUCACCGUCCUCCGGUGCUGGAACAACUCCUGACAAAGUUGAACCAACAGCAGAGAAAGAUGGCGGCGGAAGUCAAACGUCCGAGUCAAGUUUAGAGUCAAGCAGCGGUUACGGAAGUCAGACUACCCUGCCUCACUCCCAAUCAGGACAAAAUCAAAAUAUUGUCGAGAGUAAUAGCACGAACGCAUGGAACACCGGUACCGCACCGCCUACUUGUAUAUUAUCGCGGCGAGGAUCGAUGCAACAGACGACGAGACCGCCUCCACCGACGAGGCGUACUUCUACCAUAAUAAGCGGAACUUAUACCAUAUCAUCGGUCGUUGCCCCGCCUAUUGUCGGCAAUACCGGAACCAAUACCACCGGAAUCGUUGCAGCUUCCACAACGAACGAAAAUCCUAUCGAAUCAACAACCACAUCGUCGUGCGUAGAUGAAACGGAAAAUCUACCACCCCCACCGGCCUUUUUGCUUGAGGGAUCAUCUCCGACUCUUAGUCCAACUCCCCAACGCUCGAUAUCAGUAUCAGAAACGGUACGGACGUUGACAGAGUUGCGUCACACUCCAGCGAGUCCCUCAUUUCUGCGAAAAGCAGUAGCUAGCCAACAACAGCAGCAGCAACAGCAACAACAAAUAACGCUGGUUCCUGGACGUACCAGUGUCGUCGAACGCACGACAAGUGCGAUGAAGAUGAUUGAGACGACAUCGUUGAAUUUGACGAAUAGUACGAGUACGUUUCAAGCUGUCGGACCUGGUGGGGUAGGUCAUAGUUUCAUGGCGGUCUUGAGUUCGAAGUUGAUCGGUACCUCGAGUAGCUCGGGCUCUUCUGGUGGUAGCCCAAAAUCGACUCGUAAACAUAUCAAUGCGGAAACGACGAGCAGCAGAGCUCCGAGAGGUCCGACAAGCUUUCUGGAGAGUCUUAAUGCUAAAUUGGCGCAUCAGCAACAUCAACAGCAACAGCAGCAGCAACAACAACAACAGCAGUCACAACAGCAACAACUUCAACAAACAACGACAGUGCCACAGGGAGGGUCAAGCAUCGCGAGUAGUGGGAGGUCAAACAACACGACAAGAUCAGCAAGCGUUAGACGAAUAAUGGGGAACCGAGUGCCGAUAAUAGAUCCGUCACAAGUCAGGGUCUCUCUGAUGGAUCAGAUAAGACGCGGUACCUCGUUACGUAAAACAAGCGGUCCUAUAAACGAUCGUUCGGCACCGCAAAUAUACUAAACUUAUCGAAUAACGAGACACGCUCCAUUGAUUGCUCAAUGUUGAACCGAGCACGCGAGUUCCUCCGUUUUGCCGAGCGGACCAAACGUCCAUAGAGUCCCUCUCUCACCUCACUGCUCCACCCUUAUCGUUGCAUUACAUUAUCACCGAGCAGUACGACGUUGACAAUACACGAUACUAAAUAUACAUAUAUAUAAAAAUACGUAUAUAUAAAUAUACAUAUAUAUAUAUGUAUGGUCUAUAUAUUCACUAAAAAUCGCGCAUAUCCGCCUCGUUCUAUUCGUCGUUAACUGAUCGCACUUUUGCGCUAUAUGCCAACGACUCAAAUUAAACUCAUACUAUCCCUACGACAAAGACUUAAUAUUCGAGCAUUUGUUUCAUAGUUGGAGUACUUCUCCUAUUUCUCUGUCUUUCUUUCUCCCUCUCUCUCUCUCUCUCUCUCUCAUUCGUAUUUUCAUUUUCCAACUAUUCCAAUUUUCCUUGCUCCUGUCGUGUUCAUUGAGAUUAUACUUCCCAUUUGCUUUUGAUAUGCGCACAAGCUCAAUGUUGCGAUCUAUACCGCUACUUACUGCCACUUUUAUACGGUCGAAAGGUGAUGCGCAGAUUUAUUCCUUUAUUCCUUCAAUGUAUCGAGCUUGGAAAAAUACACGUUGGAGAGUAUUAUUAUUAUUAUUAUUAUUAUUAUCGUUUCUAUUUUAUUAUUUUCAUUAUACAUGAGAGAAUGAGGCGAAAGAGAGAGAAAGAGAGUGCAGUACAGAUAAAAAUACGUAGUAUCAAAAGGCCGAAUAUUUGCCGUAAUGUAACGCUAAAAACAUGUGUCGAAAGUCACGAGAUGCGGGUAACCAAAUGUUUACGACAAAUGCUAGAGCCGUAGAUGUUGACGGAAAAAAUAAAAGUAAAUAUAACACAUGCUACUCUAUAAUGGUAGGGUUACCGUCUAAAAAAUAUAAUUGUUUAUUUGUAAUGAUCCCUGCAAAAGCGGCGAGCCGCCAAGAUUAUAAUGAAAAUAAAGAGCGAUGCAGCGAAUUAAACUGA